UAUCAAAACACAAAUUUUUAAGAUUUUAAGAUAAAUACUUAACACAAUUCAUAUCAAAAGCUCAUAUCUUUACGUUUAAUUAACAAAAAUACAAUGUUUAAAAGAUAAUAUCCAUCAUUUAACGGAUAGAUUGCGAAAUGUACUUAAAUGAAAGUCUAUUCUAAUGGCAUUUUUGUGGAGAAGAAAGUCUUUUUGGUUCAAAUUUAUUAUUGUGGGAGCAAUUUUUUGGAUAACAAUAAUACUGUUACAUUUCUCCAAUAAAAAAGAGCUGGAACUGACUGAAACCGAUUUGAAUGACAGAUUUAGCGAGUUUUUGAUUGACAGUAGAAGAGAUGUUAACCAAAGGGAAGUGAAUGAGUUGAAUGAGCCUGAAAGUGUGGAAGAAGUUGACCAAUUCAGUUCAAAACACAAUAAUGUGAACGAAAAAAUAGGAAUUCAUAAAAAAGAUGGAGCAUUACAAGCACCAGGACACAUGGGACGACCUGUGAUUCUUCCCUCAAACGUUUCAUCAGAAGUGAAGAAACUAGUCGACGAGGGUUGGAGCAAGAAUGCAUUUAACGAAUAUGUUUCUAACAUGAUUUCAAUACAAAGAGAGCUUCCUGAUCCAAGGGAUGACUGGUGUAAAGCACCAGGUCGCUUUCUCGAAAAUCUUCCUACUACAAGUGUUAUAAUUUGCUUUCACAAUGAAGCUUGGUCAGUAUUAUUACGCACAGUUUAUUCAGUACUAGAUAGAUCACCACCUUCAUUGAUCAAAGAAAUUAUACUAGUCGAUGAUUACUCUGAUAUGCCACAUUUACAAAAGCCAUUAGAAAAUUAUUUUGCCAAUAUAACAAAAGUAAAAAUAGUAAGAGCAGAAAAACGGGAAGGUCUGAUUCGAGCCCGACUUCUCGGUGCAAAUCAUGCGAGUGGAGAGGUUCUCACAUAUUUGGACAGUCAUUGUGAAUGUACGACUGGUUGGUUGGAACCCUUAUUGGAUCGUAUUGCGCGUAAUAAGACAACGGUUGUUUGCCCUGUAAUAGAUGUUAUUGAUGAUACAACAUUAGAGUAUCAUUUUCGAGAUUCAGGUGGAGUUAAUGUAGGAGGUUUUGAUUUCAACCUUCAGUUUAACUGGCAUGCAAUUCCUGAACGUGAAAAGAAAAGACAUAAGCACCCUUCUGAGCCAGUUUAUUCACCAUCGAUGGCCGGAGGUCUGUUCUCCAUCGAUAAAAGCUUUUUUGAGAAGCUUGGAACAUACGAUGAUGGGUUUGACAUAUGGGGAGCAGAAAACCUGGAGCUUAGCUUUAAGACGUGGAUGUGUGGAGGUGCUUUAGAAAUAGUACCAUGUUCACAUGUCGGACAUAUUUUUCGUAAGCGUUCACCUUACAAAUGGCGAACAGGUGUAAAUGUACUGAAAAGAAAUUCAGUCAGAUUAGCAGAAGUAUGGCUGGAUGAAUACGCAAAAUAUUAUUAUCAGCGAAUAGGUGGUGACAAAGGAGAUUAUGGAGAUGUUUCCAGCAGAAAAAAACUUAGACAAGAUUUAGGUUGUAAAAGUUUUAAAUGGUACUUGGAAAACGUUUAUCCGGAACUGUUUGUGCCCGAUGACGAACAUUUAUUAGCAGUUGGAGAGAUAAGAAACUUAGCUUUUGGUAACAAGACGUGUUUGGAUUCUCCUGGAGGAAAGAAAAACUUCAAAAAAGCAGUUUCAUUAUAUCCAUGUCACAACACUGGGGGAAAUCAGAUAGGCAAUAAAUGGUCAAAUAUGUGCGUGGACUCUCCUGCCAAAGCAGAUGACAUGCAUCAAGUUGUUUCAAUUUGGCCAUGUCACAAACAAGGAGGCAAUCAGUUUUGGAUGUUUAGUAAAAAUGGGGAGAUCAGGAGAGAUGAAGCUUGUCUAGAUUAUGCAGGACAGGAUGUGAUAUUGUAUCCCUGUCACGGAUCCAAAGGAAACCAGUUAUGGCAGUACAACAACAAAACAAAACAGAUUACACACGGAUCUUCAGAGAAAUGUUUAGCAAUUGAUAACUCUCAAUCAAAACUUUUGAUGGAAGAAUGCGAAAGAAACAAAAUGAAUCAGAAGUGGACUUUGCAGAAUUACGACCCUACAAAAAUGUCAAGUUAAAAAAAUCCAAGAAAGAAAAAUAAAAAUGACAUAUCUACAAACAUUUCAUAUUCAAAUAGUUGAAAACUAUUUUAGUAGUUUUUCCAUUGGUUCAUAAAUACAUAUAUGGAAAGAGCUUCUGUAUUGAAAG